AUGUCAGGACAUAAGAGUGCGAAUCCGUGUAAUAAAUUCCAAGCGAACAUUUUUUAUAAAAGUAAAUGUCAGAACUGCUUCAAGUCUCGGGAGCUGCAUCUUCCAACUGAUCAUGGCAAGGACCAGGCCAAACCCAUCUAUGGAGGCUGGCUCUGCUUGGCUGCUGAGGGGACAGACUUUGACAAUCCAAUUCAGAGGUCAAGGAAAUGGCAGCGACGAUUCUUCAUCCUGUAUGAACAUGGCAGCAUGAGCUUUGCACUGGACGAGUUGACAAGCACUCUGCCACAAGGAACAGUGAACAUGAAUCUGUGUACAGCGGUGAUUGACGCAGAGCCUAAGACAGGCCAGAGGAACGCUUUGUGCAUCAUCACACCUGAACAGGAGUUCUUUAUCCGGGGGGAGAACAAGGAGAUCAUCAAUGGCUGGAGUGAACAACUAGUCGUUUACCCACGGACAUAUAAGCAGAAUCAGAAGAAGAAACGUAAAGUAGAACCCACUACUUCCCAGGAGCCCAGCCCAGCAAAGAUGGCUGCCACUGAGCCCAGUUUCUCAGUCAUGAAAAGUGGUGACCCUCGCUCCAGCCCGUGGCAGGGAGAGCAGCCCAGUGGGGAUCCAGAUGUGGCCCCUGUCUGGACUGUGACAGAUUCUGAUCCCCUGGGCCUGGACGAGACCCCUGCAGCCUCCAGUGACCCCCUGACCUUUGACGGUAGUCUGCGGCUCUCCAACGGCUCCUGUAUCAGUAGCUCUGUGAGUUCCCUGGACUCUGUGGCUAGCGAGGGGACUGACACCAGCAGCGACAGCCAGCCCACAGAGUCUACGCCAUACAGAGACCACCCACCUGCCAACAAGAACAACAGGGCAGAGAGAAGCUGCUACAAUGAGCCAGGGAAGGCUGGGAGGAGUGCUGUGGGAGAGGACCUGGGUCAGGCUGGAUCCAGGAAGGGGAGGAGUGAAGCUCGCAGCAACCAGAGAGAGAAACUGCAGUCGUGUGGAGAUCUAAGCCCAGGUCAACUCACCGUCCCUCCUCCUCAGAGAAGAGCUAAGUCACUGGACCGCAGGACCUCGGAAUCGGUCAUGACUCCUGAUUUGCUGAACUUCAAGAAAGGGUGGAUGAUGAAACUGGAUAAGGAGGAUCAGUGGAGGAAAUACUGGUUUGUGCUAUCAGCUGACAGUCUGAGGUACUACAAGGAUUCCUUCGCAGAGGAGAACUCAGAUCUGGAGGGGGAGAUUGACUUGACCAAGUGUCAUAAUGUCUCAGAGUACCAGGUCCAGAGGAACUACGGCUUUCAGAUCCAUACCCAGAAGUGUGUCUUUACUUUGUCAGCCAUGACUGCAGGGAUACGGAGAAACUGGAUCCAGGCCCUCAUGAAGAAUGUCCAUCCAUCUAACGCUCCUGAUGUAGCCAGCCCAUCAGAGUCACUGCCCCUCCCUAAGCCAGAUGUGACCCAGGACUCCUCCCCCUCCUCUGAGGUCCCUACAGAGAGAGUCCAGGGGCCCAAACAGAGCUGCAUCCGUGAGAGGAGACGCGAAGGGCGCUCCAAGACCUUUGACUGGGCUGAGUUCAGCCCUAUGGCCCUGCUAGCCUCUGAGCAGGAGGUGCAGAAGGAGACAAAGGAGCCUCUUCGGAUGGAGGUAGGGGACCUGGAGAGGAAGAGGAGGCGAGAGGAGAGGAGGAGGAGGUAUGACAGCAUGCUAGGCUCCCUUGUGGGCUGGGAGAUGGACUGUGACAGAGGAGGUAUCAGUCCCAGGUCACCCAGGACUCACCAGAGGGUGCAGAGGGAGAUUGAACAGUGCUGGCAGCAGGUGGAAAGGACUGCCUUUAGACAGGAGAAGACUGUUCCAUUGUACACUGAGUCCCAGGGCAAGGAUAAAGAGGAUAUGGGGAUUCUACUGGAGACCUACCACAGGAGGGUAGAGGAGUUGAAGGGCCAGUUGGCAGAGUCAGACCAUCGCAGGCUUGAGCUGGAGGCUCAGUUGAGCACUGCAUUAGGACGCCAGCAUCAUGCCUCCCUGCCGCUUGAGGCCCCAAUCUGCCCAGAAGCUGAUCUUCCCUCUUUGAAAAGCCUGACUGACAUGUACAGGGAGACCAGAGAGCUCCUCCAGCAACAGGAGCUGAAGAGACAGGACAUACAGGAGCAGCUCCAGGAGCAGCUUGGCCUGUCCCUGUCAUCGGCCCCUCUGGAGAAGCACAGCUCCCCUGGAACUCACCCAUCACCACCACCCAGCAUCUGGCUGCAUGACACCGAGGGAAACCUCCAGGAGCUGGAGGAUCUGUUCCCUGACUGCCCUAUAUCAGUAAACACACCUGUCAUGUCACCAACCUCAGACACAGAACUCUCAUCUUACUCUGUGCCUCAGAAUGGAAGUGAGAACAGAGGGCCUAACUUGGGCAGUGAAACUAGCUCUCAGACACAGUUUGAAAAUGGAAGCCAUCAACAGACAUCGAUUCCAGAAUCGCACACAAAAAGUUGUGCAUGGAGCCCAGAUUCACUGAGCAUGGGGGAAACUCAGGAAAGAGCCAACAGCGUGAGAAUAGACAACAUACUAUGCUGUGAGACACCCAGGCCCACGGAGGAGGAGUACGUAGACCCAGACCAGGCCAUCGUGAUGAGGAGACUAUCCCAGGAGGUAGAGCUGCUCAGCAGCCAGAACGAGGCCCUCAGCCAGCGCAACCAGGAGAUGCUCAACCAGCUGACAGAGGCAGACAGAGAGAUAGAGAGACUGAAAGCAGAGCUUAUCACUCAGUACAGUGGGCCUCAGUUCCUCCCUGAGGCAGAGCAGCACAGCCAGACCAAAGUGGAAGGCCUGGAGAAGGAGCUGCGCAGGAGAGAUGAGCAGCUCCAGGAGGCUCAGUCCCUACUAGCCUCAAUGGACCAGCGUCUAACGGAGACAGAGGUACAGCUGCAGCUCAGGGAGGACACUUUCAAAGACCUGGGCUUCCCAGCAGAAGAGGAUGAUGAUGAAGAGGAGGAAGCUGGGGAAGAGAAUGUCAACACACACCACCUUGGAGAGAAGGAGCGGGAACACCUUCAACAGUGUCUGCAGGCCAUGGAGGCCAAGCAAUUAGAACUAGAGAGACAGCUCCAGCACACAGAACAGACCUGCAGGGAGCUGCAGGCCCACAACACACAACUCAGAGAGGCUGAGCGGUUGUACAGCCAGAGAGCCAUGGAGGCAGAGGCUGACAUCGUAAGGUUUAAUGAGGAAGUAGAGAAGGAAAGGACGGUGGAGAAAGAAAGUGGAUUAAGGUGUAGCAGUGAAGCCAAAUGGCAGGAGGAGGUAAUAUUGGAUUCAGGUGAAGAAAGGGUUCAGCAAGUGGUGGAAGGGAUAAGGUUGAUGUCCAGAACCUUAGGGAGAGUAGUGCAGGUGAUUGACAGGUCAGAUAUGGAUGUGGUAAAGAUGCCAUUAGAUAGAAAGUGUGUGGAGGUGAACAAGACAGUGGUCAGGCAGCUUCAGUUAGAGGAGGAGUUUUGGGGAAGGCUGUUGAACAGUUUGAAGGUCAACCCAUCCCAGUCCAAUGAGGAUAAACUCACAGAUGUGAUUCUAAGUCAGAUUUUAGAACACAUGGUAGUGGAAAAGCAAACGCUCCUCCUAGCUCAUAGUCUUUUUUCUCAUGAUAAGAAAGAUUUAAACAUAAACACUGGAGGCCUGGACAGGAUGAAUGGAUGCAGGUCUUUGAGAGACCUGGACAUCAUUGGAAACAUAGCAGGUGAAACAGUUUCAGAAAUGAAAGAGGAAGAUGAUGAUGAGAGGAUAUGGAAUGUGUACAACCAGCAUAAUGACACCGAUGACUUCAUAAGCCGACAUUUCACAGAGAUCACACAGGAGAGAAUUUUCCUGCUCAACCAAAUCGCCUCCUCAGUCAGAGCCUCGGCCAAUGACGAGCUCCAGUCCCUGGCACAAAGACUUUGUCAUUUCCACAAUGUAAAUGAGCCCCGGUUAGCUUCCAUACACUGCACCGCCAUGGAAGCCUUCUCAUCCUAUCGUCUCAGUAGGCUUAACACUCUACACAAGAGCCAAUUUCAAGAGACUCAACAGGGACUGCUCAUUGCUUCUUCUCCUUUGAUGUGCAGCAGAUGUGCUGGGCUGCUGAGUGAAAACCAUCAGCUUAGGGCCAGACGGUCAGACCUGGAGAGACAGGGGAGUUCCUCAGUGGGAUUAGGGUUGACCACCCUGAGGCAGGGAGAACACAUAGACUCACAGCAAACAGCCACACAGCUACUAGACACUGCAAGUGAGCAGAAGACAGAGACGCCUGCAAUGAAUGCUGCAGGUAAAAUGGAGGUGGAAAGCCCAAACCAGGGAGUGACUGCAGUAGAGGAAGUGUGCUGGGUUAGAAGGUGUGCAGAAGUGGUGGAGGGUGACUUCCUGACCAACAGCAUUGAUAGUCCAAUGAUAAAGGUAGAGAGUAGGGUAGAUGAGGUAGAGAGUAGGGUAGAUGAGGUAGAGAAAGGAAUCAAGGAAGUUGAUUCUGAUAAGGAUGUAGAGGAGAGAAGCACUACUGAACCCCAUGAAGAAGCAAACACGCUGGGGGAGGAGGAGCUGGAGAUUGUGUUAUCAUCACUGAGAGGUCGUGUGAAGGAUUUGGAGGAGCAGCUGUCUGUCAUGGCCAACAUGAAAGCAGAGCAUGAUGGGAGAAUGGCAUCUCUCCAGCUGAAACAUAAGGAGGACAUAGAAAAGCUAAAGGCCACAUAUGAGCAUGGCUUUGUCACCAUGGAGGAGUCCCAGCAGAGGAUCGUGGGGGAACUGCAGCACAGACACCAGCAGGACCUGCAGCGCCUGCAGUUAGACACAGACAGACUGCUGGAGGAGGAGACGGCUGCUACUAUCACAGCAAUUGAAGCAAUGAAGAACGCUCACCGUGCCGAACUCAAGAGAGAGAUAGAGAGGGCAUGCCAUGAAAACAACAAUGCAGGAGACGUGAAUCUUGGAGAAAUAUGCAGGCAACACAGUGAGGGGCUGGCCUCCUGUCACAGGGAGCUGGAGGUGUUGUCCCAGCAGUACUCUCUAAAGUGUCUGGAGAGCUCCGACCUGGGCCAGGCCCUGGAGGCAGAGAGACAGGCUCUGUGUCAGUGUCAGCAGGAGAACCAGGACCUCAGAACUCGCAACCAGGAGCUGAGUGGCCAUCUAGCUGCAGAGAUCACCAGACUUUGCUCUCUGGCCAAGCAGGACGCCUUAUCUCUUAGUCAGGAGAGAGAUGUGUAUGAGCUGGAGAUCUCCCUGCGUGUGAAGGAGUCAGAGGUGCAGGGCCUCAAGCAGAAGAUCACCUCGCUCAAGGAUGAACUCCAGACAGCCCACAGGGAUAAGAGGUAUGCAACAGAGACGUACAAGGACAUCUACACAGAGCUAAGCAUCAUGAGGGCCAAGGCAGAGAGAGACCUGGGACAUCUCAGGGAGAACCUGCGGUUGGCCCACAAAGCACUAGGAGAGCUCUCACCUGCAGUGAACACAGAUAAAAAUGAGUGUCAAGGAAGAUAACUGCAGCUGAAGAAAGAGACACAACGCACAACAUGGAUUGUUCAUCGUUCUAUCCAUGUUUACACCAUUUAGCACUUAGAGAUCCAAAGUUAUAUUGUCAAACAUUUUAUGUCCUAUCUACCGUUUCUGUAUUACAGAAUUUUAAAAGCGCAUUAUUUGAGGAUUCUGUAUUUUUACAUCAUUGUAUCUAAACGCACACUACUAUUUAGCCUGUCUACGUUUGUAGAUAGGCUAGACAUUUUGUAGACGUUUUCCUGACGAUUAUCAUUUAUCUCAAGACGUUUGUAAAAUGUGUAGAAUUAUUACACUGCUAUGUCCAAUCCAGUUAUUGAACGGGGAUAUUUCUAAAGAGAACUCAGAUUAAGCUUGCUUUUCUUACCUGUGAAAUACAUGAAAAAUUAUGUAUGUACCGUCUGAGUCUAUAAUGUAAAAGUAUUAUUUGUUUGUGAGUGGGUGGUUUUAUUUGGAGGCGUUUA